GCGACAUCGCCUUUUAUAAUAGGUACUAGUCGGUGACAUCGCCAUUCAGUUGCAGAAGAAAGUUUGGAGAGACAAAACGUUUAUACAGGUCGUCGCAAGAUGACGUCAGCCGCCAUGCUUCCUAUCACAACCUGCCUUCUCGCCAUGGUUGCCAUGUCAAGCGCCCUCACCGACGAUCAGAUAGCUCGCUUCAUGACGUCAGACAUGGUCGAGGGCAACACAGGGGAGACAGGAAUGGUGACCAUUACUACGGCAAAUGGCAUGCAUACCAUCACCAGUAACGGGGUACCAGACCAUGCUACUGCGGAUUACCCAAAUUUGGCUAACCCGAAUGAUAUCACAGUACAGACGCAUGAAUGGGAGAUUCCAGUCAACCCUACGGUAGCCGAUUCUACCACCGAUCUGCCAAUGGGACCAAUCGGUGUAGCAAUCAAUGGAAUUCCGUUCUUCAACCCUUACACAGCUACAGGAGAGGAUGCCGUGCUUACAGAGACCUUCGACAGCUGUGAUGGCCACCCAACAAACCGAGGUACCUAUCAUUACCACAAACAGCCGUCGUCCUGCGUCUUCAGCAUCGUUGAUGGGGAACCCUCACCGUUGAUAGGCGUGGCCCUGGAUGGGUUUCCCAUCUAUGGCCCUAAUGACGAGAACGGCAAUACGCUGACGUCAUCAGACCUGGACGAGUGCCACGGCCGGUCCGUGAACGGGCAGUAUCAGUAUCACACCACGAGUGAUUUCCCGUACAUAAUGGGAUGUUUCAAAGGCGAGUACACGAGCACUCUGCCCCCAAAUGGGCCCCCUGAUGGGUCCCAGGGUACAAACAUGCCCCCAGACAACGGCCAAGCAAAUUUGAAAAGCAGCUUACUGGCUAUUCUCAGUGUGUUGGCUCUCAUGGUCGCGAUAUUCUAAAGAUAAUAGCGAAUGAUCCGUUUAAAGGUUUCACUCCCCAUUCAACCACAAUAUUACAAGUAAUUCAAACUCUAGUUUUAUCUUUUGACGAAUGCAAGGAUUACGGACAUUCUGUUAUUAAUUGAUAAAUUAAUUCAGUAUCAAUGAAUUCAUUCUGGUAACAAAGUUUUACUUUAAACAUUUACUCGGAAUUUGUUCACUUUAUUUGUAUUUAUUUGAUUAUGUUUUUUAAGUUUAUGUUAAUGCAAUUUGUUUGGAUAUAAUUUUAAAUGACGUCAGCAUUUAUGAAUAAAAAGAUAUAUAUAGUAGCAUUAAUAAAAUAAACUUACAGACGGCAA